UCACCAGGAAGAUGGAAAUUUUAAUGGCGACAAAGCUAACCAUUUCAUUGUUAUUGCUGGCCAUAGCUACAACGGAUGGAGUAGUAUUAGGUCGUCCAGGAGACACCACGGCCAAGCAUGCGGAUAAAGGUUACAUCAACCGCCUCAACUACUUUACUGGGGUUGUAACAGUGUGUGGAAUUACGACUUGUUUGGCAGGGACACAGGUCAAGCCAUGUGUGGAAAACUACACUAUGGACACCUGUGAAGAUUGUCCGAAAGGCUUCGAAAUGCUGGAUAAUACAACCUCUGGCCGGGAUGUACUGUCAUGUUUUAAGGAGAAGAAUUGCUCCGACUAUGCAUAUGCCAUAAGUUCCACUAAGGAAAACUUCUGUAAUCAUGGUACAGUUCGAAUGCCCUGUGAAUGUGAUGCAAAAAAUAACUGGUGUGGAGAACCCUGCAACUGUAAACCACCUCCAGUUAGCUGUGAGCCAGGACAAAAGCUUCAGCACGACUGUUCUUGUGUCCCGGAGUCUAGCCAAAUUCAACCAACCAAACACACAACGAUCAGUUCAACUCCAAGCAUUUCUACCAAAGAUCCAUCACCUACAGAUCAGACAAGUAGUCGGACCUCAGAUCCACCAACUAUUCAGCCAUCGACAUCCCAGAAUUCCAAGACCAUUACCACUGACGGAAAGCCUCACAGUUCACCAACAGCUCAACCUGACCCUGUACGGGGAAACAAUGCUUCACCAGAAUCUGAAGAUAGAGUUAGUUGGAAAACCAUAGGAGUGGUUUUUGCACUUUUCCUAGUAGCAGGUUCUGCAGUUGUAGGAUUUAUUUACAAAAAAGAAAUAAAAGAAUUUAUAGGCAAGAUCUUAGGAAAAUGUCCAUGCGGAGAGUACACAGCGACCCCAACCAGUGAGAUAAUGAGCCCUUAGCAAAGUAGCUUUUCCAAUGGUGCGGUAUAACCCUGGACCACGCUCACCUAGGAGUUAUAAGCAACAAGCAUUAUUUUGUGUAAAUUGCAUAUGUUUUGAAUGUAAUUGUAAUUGACUUGAAAUACCUUAAUUAACAAUAUGGAUUUAAAGCUACUGCAUGUAUAUGAACAAAUUAGUGAUGUACAUAUAAUUGAUUUUUCUCAUUUCUCAUUUUACUUAAAUCCCAUUGGUGAUGUUGGUGUUUUUUCAUAUCUCAAUGGGACCCCCCCCCCCCCCAAAAAAAAAAAAAAAAGGCCCCCCC